AUGUGCUCCCUCCCCAUGGCGAGAUACUACAUCAUUAGGAAUGCAGACCAGCAGGCUUUGUACACGAGAGGCGGCCAGCUCCUGCUGGGAGACCCUGAUGCAGGAGAUUGCUGUGCAGAGAAGGUCUGCACACUCCCCAACAGAGGCCUGGACCGCUCCAAGGUCCCCAUCUUCUUGGGUGUCCAGGGAGGCAGCCGCUGCCUGGCCUGCGUGGAGGCAGGGGAGGGGCCUUCCCUGCAGCUGGAGGAUGUGAACAUCGAGGACCUGUACAAGGGCGGUGAGAAGGCCACACGCUUCACUUUCUUCCAGAGAAGUGUGGGCCCUGCCUUUAGGCUCGAGGCUGCUGCCUGGCCCGGUUGGUUUCUCUGUGGCCCGGAAGAGCCCCAGCAGCCAGUGCACCUGGCCAGGGAGCCUGAGCUCUCUGGCCGCACCAUAUUCUACUUUGAGCAGAGUCGGUAG